AUGAUUGCAAAACUUACAGAUUUAAAAAAUAACUGGUUUAAUUUUAAUAAAAAUGAAGAAGAAAAAAUAUUUAAAGAUAAGAGUUAUAUAAAAAGCAAGACAAAUGAAGAUAAUUUUGUGGAAAAUUUAAGUAAUUUUACAACGGAAUUGGCGGAAUUAAAGGAAAAUAGAAAAAAAUUUGAUAAUGGAAUGCAUAUUUUUAAGCUUAUUGUCGAUUCAAAGACAUGUGAUAAAUUUAAUGAAGAAUUGAAAAAAGCGGAUCAAAACAUUUUGUUUUAUAUAAUAUUAUUUGAAUAUAAAUAUUUUAUUUCUUCAGUAAAAUUACGUGCUUUAUUUAUUAAUGAAAAUUAUCUUUUUAAAAAAGUUUAUUAA